AUGGGACUAUCAGAACUCUUAAAAGUUAGUACAAGAGAGAGUUUAUCUGGUAUUUUUGGGGCUAUAUCUAUUGCAUUCUGGUUAAUUACUGUUUAUCCUCAGUUAAUUGAGAAUUAUAAGCGAAAAUCUGGAGAUUCGUUAUCUCUUCAUUUUUUAUGUUUAUGGUUAAUUGGAGACAUAUUUUCAUUAAUUGGAUCAGUAUGGGGGAAAUUGAUAUCAGUAAUUAUUGCAGUUCAAGUGUAUUUCUUUUUGGCCGAUUUGGUUUUAAUUCUUCAAAUUUUAUAUUAUAGAAGAAAGCCUGGUCUUCGAUCUAAAGUUCGUUUAUCAACGUUAAAGGGAGCUACGCUUUCUCAAUUCUUUGUUUCGUUAAUUAUUGUUAUAAUUUUUGGAAUAUUGGGAUGGAUUAUUACAGUAUUGAUGGGAGGGAUUAAAAAGCCAAAAAUGGAAGUGGAUGAUCCCACAGGGUUUCUAAUAUUAGGAUAUAUUGGGUCUUUUUUUUAUUUAUUUGCAAGAGUACCGCAAAUUUUAAAAAAUUAUAGAAGCAAAUCUACAGAUGGGUUAUCUCCAUUAUUUUUUGCAUAUACGGUAUUGGGAAAUUUAACAUAUUUAGUCAGUAUUUUGUUGAUAGAUACCUCACGAAAAUAUAUUUUAAUUAAUCUUCCAUGGUUAUUAUCAAGUUUCGGUACUUUAUUUAUGGAUUUUUUGGUAGGAUUAUUUUUAUAG